UCGAUCGGUGACUGGAUCGGCGAAGAAAGACGGGUGUCCAUUUCAAUUUUUCUCUCUUCCUCUGUUCUUCCCAAUUUCCGUCGACCACGAGCCGCUAAACAGCUUUUCCCGCUCUUUCGUGACUUCAUCGGCGUUCUUUCUUCUCGUUCUUGCUGUGAAAUUUCAUCUCGAAAUUGGAGAACAUAGUUUCAUCCGAGCUGUUCUUCAACUUGGCGCCGAAUUGUUUACGAUCAGGGAGGCUUUAUAAAUCUUCUGCCGAAGCUUAGGAAAUGGCUACUUUGGCUGAUUCCUUUCUAGCAGAUCUUGAUGAACUCUCUGAUGAAGACAAGUUUCAGUUAUUGGAUGUUUGCAGGGCGAAGCAGGUGCCGAUGCCGAAAAUAUGGAAGAGGAUAUUGAUGGGGACCUUGCCGACCUAGAAAGCCUUAAUUAUGAGGAUCUGGAUAGUGUCUCGAAACUGCAGAAAACACAAAGAUACAAUGAUAUUAUGCAGAAAGUUGAAGAUGCAUUGCAGACGGAUUCUAAUAUCUCAAAUCAGGGAUUUGUAUUGGAAGAUGAUCCCGAGUACCAAUUGAUUGUAGAGUGUAAUGCCUUGUCAGUGGAUAUUGAGAAUGAAAUUAUUAUUAUUCACAACUUUAUACGUGAUAAAUAUCGACUGAAAUUUCCAGAGCUUGAAUCACUUGUGCACCAUCCAAUUGAUUAUGCUCGAGUUGUUAAGAAGAUUGGGAAUGAAGUGGAUUUGACUCUUGUAGAUCUAGAAGGACUUUUACCUUCUGCUGUUAUUAUGGUUGUUUCUGUCACAGCAUCUACCACAAGUGGAAAGCCACUCCCUGAGGAAAUUCUCCAGAAAACAAUUGAUGCAUGUGAUCGGGCUCUUGCCUUAGAUUCAGCAAAGAAAAUGGUUCUUACUUUUGUUGAAAGUAGAAUGGGGCAUAUUGCACCAAAUCUUUCAGCCAUAGUUGGAAGUGCUGUUGCAGCAAAACUAAUGGGAACUGCUGGUGGUCUUGUUGCUUUAGCUAAGAUGCCUGCUUGCAAUGUUCAGCUUCUUGGUGCAAAGAAAAAAAAUCUUGCUGGGUUUUCUACAGCUACCUCACAAUUUCGAGUAGGUUAUAUUGAGCAAACAGAGAUAUUCCAAUCGACACCUCCACCUUUGAAGAUGCGUGCUUGUCGACUCAUAUCUGCAAAGUCAACACUUGCAGCACGAGUUGACUCCACCAUGGGAGAUCCUACUGGGAAGACUGGCAGAGUCUUCAAAGAUGAGAUCCUUAAAAAAAUUGAGAAAUGGCAGGAACCUCCACCUGCAAAACAACCAAAACCUCUUCCGGUCCCUGAUUCUGAACCUAAAAAGAAGAGAGGUGGCCGUCGAUUAAGGAAGAUGAAGGAAAGAUAUGCAACAACGGAGAUGAGGAAGCUAGCUAACAGGAUGCAGUUUGGGGUGCCUGAAGAGAGUUCUUUAGGAGAUGGAUUGGGGGAAGGAUAUGGAAUGCUUGGUCAGGCUGGGAGUGGGAAGUUGCGUGUAUCAGCUGCUCAGAGCAAGCUUGCUGCAAAAGUUGUUAAGAAGUUCAAGGAAAAACGCUAUGGAAGCAGUGGUGCUACGUCUGGGCUGACCUCAAGUUUGGCAUUUACUCCCGUACAAGGAAUCGAGCUGUCAAAUCCUCAGGCUCAUUUGAACCAGCUAGGGAGCGGAACGCAAAGCACCUACUUUUCUGAAACAGGAACAUUUUCAAAAAUUAGGAAAAACUGAGUCAUUAGAUCAUCAAGCUUUAUGUUUCGUGUUCGUGCUGUAAGCAUACAUGAAUAUGGGUACAGUUACGCUUUGUAAUUCAGUACUAAGAGAGCAACAGUAAUUUAUUUUUCUAUAAUGCAAAGGUUUUCUUUUUCUGCUCCUAA